GACGACCUUGUUGUUGCAGACGAGGAGGACAUGCAGCGGCCGGGGCUCAGCCCGGGGCUCAGCCCGCUCACCCGCGUCGAGAUCGUCCACGUCAACGCGUCGGACGGCACGGCGCUGCCGCCGCCGUCGUCGUCGUCGUCCAGGGCCAGGCGGUCCGUGGGCGGCUACCGCUACCAGGACGACGAGGCGGCCGGCCAGCGGGCCCACUCCAUGGAGCUGAUGGUGGUGACCGACAAGCGGAUGACGGACUACCACGGCGAGCAGAACAUCAUCAACUACGUCCUCACCCUCAUGUCCAUCGUCGCCAUGGUGUACAAGGACGCCAGCAUCGGCAACCCCAUGACGGUGGCCGUCGUCAAGCUGGUCGUGCUCAAGUCCGACGACCCGGACUUCGUGCCCGAGUCCCGGCGGCGCAGCGGCGGCCGCAGCACCUCCGCGGCCGAGAUGCUGCGCCGGUUCUGCCAGUGGCAGAAGGAGCACCACCACCAGGACCACGACACGGCGCUGCUGCUCACCAGGGAGAACAUCUGUCGGAACCCGGACGAGAACAAGUGCGACACGCUGGGGCUGGCCGAGCUCGGCACCAUGUGUGACCUGAACGCGUCGUGCGCCGUAGUGCAGGACAACGGGCUCUCUGCCGCCUUCACCAUUGCCCAUGAGCUCGGGCACGUGCUCAGCAUGCCCCACGACGACGACCAGCGUUGCGACGCCUUCAACGGCAAGUCCUCGAUCACCAACGUCAUGUCGAGGAUGCUGGACCACAACACGCACCCGUGGUCCUGGUCCAAUUGCUCCCGCCACUUCCUCACCGAGUUCCUCGACGGCGGCUACGGCAAGUGCCUCGGCAACGCCCCGUACAAGGACUUCAUCACCGAGAGCUCCGCCUCCAUCAAGCUGCCCGGCGAGGCCUUCACCGAGGACCGGCAGUGCGAGUUUGUGUUCGGCCGCGGCUCCAAGAUCUGCUCUUACAUGCCAGUGUGCUCGCGGCUGUGGUGCACGACGGACGUGGGCGAGCAGGAGGGGUGCCGGACGCAGCACAUGCCCUGGGCGGACGGCACGCCGUGCGGGGAGCGGCGCUGGUGCCAGCGGGGCAGCUGCGUGCCCAGGGACCGGGUGGCGCUGCAGCCCGUCGACGGCGGCUGGGGUCCCUGGCAGGGCUUCGACGACUGCUCCCGCACGUGUGGCGGGGGCGUGCAAAAGUCCACCCGAGACUGCAACUCCCCUUCGCCCGCCAACGGCGGCCGCUACUGCGUCGGCCGGCGCGUCAAGUACCAGUCGUGUAACACUUUCGAGUGCCCGGAGGGCAGCAAGGACUUCCGGCUGGAGCAGUGCGCGCAGUUCGACGGGACCAAGUUCAACGGCCUGGGCAACGACGUCCGCUGGGUGCCCAAGUACGUGAAGGGGGACUUUGGCGGCGGCUCGCUGGACGAGCGCUGCAAGCUGUACUGCAGCGUGUCCAACACCAACAUCUACUACAAGAUGAUGGAGAAGGUGGUGGACGGCACGCCCUGUGAGGUGGGCGCCUACGACAUCUGCGUCAGCGGCGUGUGCCAGCCCGCCGGCUGCGACCACGUGCUGUCGUCCACGGCCAGGCAAGAUCGUUGCGGACGCUGCAAUGGCGACAACACGACCUGCCAGGUGGUGACCGGAGCGCACAAUCACACUCAGUUCGGCUACACCGAGGUCACCCGCAUCCCGGCGGGCGCCUCCAACCUGGACGUCAGGCAGUACGGCUACCGAGGCAUGAACAAGGAUGACACUUACCUGGCUCUGGUGGACCCAGAGUCCGGCAAGUACCUGCUGAACGGCAACUUCGUAGUCACCCUGUCGCAGAGGGGCAUCGUGUACGAGGGCGUCGCGCUGGACUACUCGGGCGCGGCCGAGGUGGUGGAGCGCCUCAACUGCACGCGCACGCUGAACCGGGAGCUGGUGCUGCAGGUGCUGGUCUCGGGCAAGCUCAACCCGCCCGACAUCCACUGGGAGUACACGGUGCAGCGGCCGGCCGAGCGCUUCCGCUGGACGCACGCGGACGCGUGGACGCCGUGCGACGCGGCGUGCAACGGCGAGCGGCGGCGCGAGGAGGUGUGCGUGCGCCUGGACACGGGCGGCGAGGUGCCCGCCGAGUACUGCGACCACCUGCCGCGCGCGCCCGCCCCGCAGGCGGAGCGCUGCAACCCCUGCACCGUCCAGUGGCACGUCGUGUCCACGUCGCCGUGCUCCGUCUCGUGCGGCCGCGGCACGCAGACCCGGGUGGUGCAGUGCCUGCAGACGCAGCUCGAGACGCGCGCGUCGCACGCCGUGCACGACGCGUCGUGCGCGCACCUCCCGCACCGGCCCGCCGACGUGCAGGAGUGCGAGGCGCCCGCCUGCGAGACCUACUCGUGGAAGUACGGCAAGUGGCGCGACUGCUCGGUGACGUGCGGCGCCGGGGUGCAGCAGCGCGCCGCCUGGUGCGUCACCAGCAAGGGCGAGAUGGCGAGCGAGUCGCUGUGCGAGGCCACCCGGGAGACGCAGCGCGCCUGCCACGACCAGAGCUGUCCACACUGGGAGCUCGUCGACUGGACUCCGUGCUCCGUCACCUGCGGUGAGGGCAUCCGAGAGCCGGCUUAUGCGUGCAUGGUGGACAGCCGCACCGUCUCCCAGGACUACUGCGACCCUGCGCAGCGGCCCAGCAUGACCAAGCGCUGCAAGGAGCGAGCCUGUCCCCGGUGGGAGACGGGCGAUUGGGAGCGGUGCUCGGUGACAUGCGGCUCGGGUACCACGGUGCGCCAGGUCUGGUGCGCUCAGGACGGGCAGAAAGUGGACGACGGCCUCUGCAGCAGGACGACGGAGCGGCCCGCCGUGUCGGAGCACUGCAUGCUGAUGCCCUGCCCGCUGACCACCACGACAACGACCACGACCACCACCACGACCACCACUCCGCCCCCGCCGCGCUCCGCCGCUCGCGUCCUGGACCGAGACGGCAACGACUGGCUCCGGAGGAACGUGACUCUUCACAACGAGCGCCACCACCACCGCCACCACUACACCGUGGACACCGACGACAACAACGAGCUGCCGCCGCUCGCCGCCCCCGACGGACGGUUCACCUGGCGGUACUCGGAGUGGACUCAGUGUUCCACGCCGUGUGGGUGGGGCAGCCGCCAGCGUCGGGUGCGCUGCGAGGACCUCAAGCUGGGCAAAGCGGCGGAAGACUCGCGGUGCCUCAAGCCGCGGCCGUCGUCCACGCAGCCCUGCUACCUGUCCCGCUGCGCCACCUGGAUGACGGGCGAGUGGACGGCGUGCUCGGCGGACAAAACGUGCCAGGCGGGCGCGGCGCACGCCCAGGGCGCCCAGCAGCGUACAGUGGAGUGCGUGGCCACGGACAGCGGCAAGGCGGUGGACGAGUCCUCGUGCGCGGGCGAGCGUCCCGCCGGCGAGCGACCCUGCUCGUGCACGGGCGCGCCCAGGGCCGUCUCCGCGAGCACCGCCGCCGCCCCGGGGUCCGGCGCGGUGGUGCUGGCCUCCUCGGGCGGCUGGAGGACGGGGCCCUGGGGGCCGUGCACCACGACCUGCGGCGGCGGCACACAAGGCAGGCCCGUCGUCUGCUCCUCGUCGGAGUGCGAGGACCAGGAGAAGCCCCCGACGUACCAGACCUGCAACCACCACGCGUGUCCGGCCUGGAGCCAGGACGAGUGGGGCAAGUGCUCCGUGCCGUGUGGGCCCGGAGGCGUGCAGACGAGGCCCUUCCUCUGCAUGUCUUGGCAGAGCGAGGUGGUGCCCGAGGGGAGCUGCGCCGGCGAGAGGCCCCCGGCCGAGACUCGGUCCUGCCGCGGCCCGCCCUGCCGCCCUGGCCCUGGCAACAAGCAGGGGGUGCCCACUAGGGGCUUCACGUGGCGGCCCAGUCCCUGGGGACCGUGCUCUCGAAAAUGCGGCGACGGAAAGCGCGUGCGCGAGGUUCCCUGUGUGAACAUAAAGACCAACAAGACCGUACAGGAGCUCUUUUGCCGCGCGCGCCGCCGGCCCCGCCUGCAGAGCGGGUGCUACCGCCGGCCCUGCCCCUUCGACUGGGUCGAGGGAGCCUGGUCAGAGUGCUCGCAGAGCUGUGGCGGCGGCCUGCAGUUCCGCUCGGUGAGCUGCCGGCGGCUCAACGCGUACGGCUGGGUGGACCCGGAGCCCGUGGCGCCCGAGGGUAAGUGCGACCCGGCGCUGGCGCCGCCCACCUCGCAGCGCUGCAACGAGCGGAGCUGCCGCGCGCCCUUCGCGUGGGAGGCGGCCGAGUGGGGGCCGUGCUCGCAGCCCUGCGGCCGCAAGGGCCGACAGACCCGACGCCUCUUCUGCAAGCGCGCCGACGGCCGCCGCGCCCCACGCUACCGCUGCCCGCGCGAGCAGAAGCCCGUCCGGAAGCGCAAGUGCAACCAGCGGAAGUGUGGGCUCAGCUCGUGCGAAGAGGCGCGCCGCGUCACCGGCUCCGUCCUGGACGCCGAGUACCAGCUCGUCGUGGGGGGCAAGAACAUGUCCAUCUACUGCUCCGGCAUGAACGGCUCCGCGCCCCUCGAGUACCUCACGCUGCCCGCCGGUGAGCGGGACAACUACGCCGAAAUCUACGAUCAGAGCCUUAUACACCGCCGGUCAUGUCCGUACGGCGGCAUUCGCAAUGAAAACUGCUCUGUGUGCACGACGAACAAGCGCAGUCCCUACGGACUGACGAUCUUCACUCGAAUACGACUCGAUGUGAACUCCCUCCGCGUGAGAACGGACGACUGGGCGUUCUCCCGGCAAGCCAAGGGGAACCACCAGGUCAAGUACGGCGAGGCCGGCGACUGCUACUCGUCGCUCAGCUGCCCCCAGGGGAGGUUCGCCGUCAACCUCCAGGGCACGGCCUUCAAAGUGUCGGAGGCCACGACCUGGGCCGAGUACGGCAAGGACCCCUCCAUCCGCGUCAACCGCUACGAGGGCGGGCGGAGGGUGACGGGGCUGUGCGGCGGCUACUGCGGGGGCUGCCGCCCCUUCCAGGGCCUCAAGCUGGACGUGCUGCCGCCGUAGGGGCGCCACAGCCGUGCCGAGGGGAGGUGAGACAACACCUCCUGGUUUUGCCGGAGGCGCCAUCCAGCGCCCUGAAAGAGUGCCACCCGCGGGUCCACCGGGAAAAAGGGAAGCCCGGAGAAAUGGAACCCGGAGUCGCGGAAAUCUAAGGCGAUCGCUCGCCGAUGUGCUCGACGCGCAACGCCGUGCCGUGACCAAGUCCACGCGAGGUCCCCGUUGCGUCAGCGUCACCCUGCAUCCUCCUACCCACUUCCGUCCCCGUCAAGAAGCAAAAACUUGGCCGCCUUCUACUGCCCGGCAUGUAGUCAUUUCCACGAUUGCUUUUCUCUGCUGCCGUCGAUAUUUUUGUAAAUUUAUGAAAGUAACUUUGCCCAGACUUUGGUCGUCCUCGUCCUCGUGCUGAGCACCGUUCAACAAGUCCACUACCGGCGCUUUAUUUUCUGUUAAACGUGGUAAAAUUGUGGCUAAACUUUUGUGGACCGUGCCAUAGAUUGUAUUUUGAGCCCGUGUGACAGCGUUGGCUUAGCCCAGGCGUGAUGUUUCAGACCACCUACUGCCAUAUUUGACUCACGCUCGUCUGGCUUGCGGGCCGGUCUAACGACUGAUCGAAACUAUAUGCGCCACAACAUUGUGAUACUGUUCUUCUCUGUAUAAAUCUCCUCUGCCAUCGUAGUAUCCAUACGGAUGGCUUUCACCAAUGGACCAUCCACUCGACUGCCGACUUCUGAUCUGCCCUUUAUUUCUGCCUACUGCCUGUGUUACCUAUGGGGUUUCAAUUUUAGUCCGUAAUUAAUUUUUAAGUUUCAGGAGGUUCCAUAUCUCCUAUGGUUCUGUUCCUAAAUGGCUGUGCAUGUCAGCAAUGCAAUUGUUGUGAAUGCCCAUUAUGUUGUGUGUGGGCAUUCCCUCAUGUAUGAUUGUACGUAUGUAUAGGUAUGUAUGAAAGUGUAAGUAUGUAUGUAUGUACGUAUUACUAGAUGUAUAGGUAUUUAUUUAUAUAAACUGAAAAACUUCUGUGUUAGCUGAAAGUUGAAUGUUUGGUGACCAGUGGCUGACAACGUCUAAUGUCUAGGUGGUUUAUCUUACAUCACACGUGACAGUUUGGUAAGUGUCAUUAUUUAUUUUUGGAAGAAUGUUGUAUGUUCUUUAGUCCAUGUGGACCACCUGUACCUGGUAUGCAUCCAUAUAUACCUGAGUGUUAUAAUGGUAUUUGACAUUGAUGUCUGAGUUGUUAUAGGCUAAAUUAUUUCUUUUUAAUGAAUAUACUAUACAAAAUGUUGAAAACGAGAUCGUGUCAUAAUAUAUCUGUAAUUCUUCUCUCCAUGUACCAUGUUGAAUGAAUGCUUUUUGUUUGCCAAUGAGUGGAGGGGCAGAGGUGACACAUGUUGUUGGCGCUCAAUCUUAAAUAUCUUGUCAUCUCAUCUAAGAUCAUAAUUUUUCUGACUUAGUCAUUUCCAUAAUGCCUAACUGUAAGAUAGUUUUAUCAUCCAAUUCAUGUCCUCUCCCUCUUUCUAUGCCUUUUAGUUAAGCUUAUAAUGUACAAAGCUAUUUUAUCAUUGUUGAAUCUCAUCUUGUAACUACUGCUGCCAUACCAGUCGCUCUGUAUGUACAUAUGACCUUAAAACCGUCACCCUACAUCCCCUUAAGUUACCAUAAUCACCAUUAAUAUUUCAAUGAUUUUUUUUCUCUUGAAUGCUUGUAAAUAAAAACAAGAUCUGAUUAUUAAUGUAGAAAACUCAAGUGAUCAAGCCAAAUACCUUGUAAAAUAAGAGACCAAUUUGUUGCAUUAAAAUACCACACUGCAGACUGGUAUACUAUUUGGCUGUUACUUGUGUUAUUUAUUGAUAAAUAUAAUUAUCACCACUGCCAUACAAUAAUUUUGUGUAUCAUCAGUACGCAGAAAUAAACAUAAACAUUUUCUCAAAAAUAUCAUA